UCUACAUCGUUUUGCUACCGACAAGGGUGUGACUUUUGCUUAGUCGUUUUCUUUUUUGUAAAACUUUUACUUUAGAGCUUAUGGUAUAAGACGGAAGUAAACUUUUUUUUUUACCGUCACCUAGGUUUUUCUAAGUAAAAUCUGUGGUUCUAGAUUUUUUUAGGUCCGUACUUCGUAGCUAUACAUUUUUUUUUACAGCUGUCCUGGUCCGUGGUAUAUUUCAGGUGUCAUUCAAAUGGCAGGUUGGAAAGUCCUUUUUGUCUCAUGUUUCAUGAGAGUUGGUAUUGUUUCUGUUCUUGGGGAUUGUGAUGCUCCACCAAGAUCAGAAAAGGCUGUUGUGGACACUAAUUUGAAUGAGUUUCCUGUGAACGCUAGAUUGACCUACUUGUGCCGUCCUGGUUACAUUUGGGAUCGUUCAUCAAAUAAAGAAAUUAUUUGCCAAGAAAAUUCAACAUGGACAGAGCUUAAAAUCACCUGCACCCCCAAGAGUUGUGGUCCUUUGCCGGAUGUACUGCAUGGAAGUAUCAAGUAUAGCAACGGUUAUGAUUUUGGCUCUGUUGCCCGAAUAUUUUGUGAUGAAGGAUUAAAUGUUUAUAAUGUUGGGAGUGUGGUUGCAGACCAUUAG